CUUUUCCCGGACGCCGGAAGCGCUAGCGCGAAGCUUCUGAGCGGCUGGGUCGCGCGCCCUCCGCCAUGGCGACCAGGGCAAAGCGCCGGCGGGUGGCGGGGCCUGUGGGAGGCGACGCGGACCCGGACCCGGACCCUGUGGCCGGCUUCCUGAGCUGGUGCCGGCGGGUGGGGCUGGAGCUGAGUCCCAAGGUGGCGGUGAGCCGGCAGGGCACGGUGGCCGGCUACGGCAUGGUGGCCCGGGAGAGCGUGCAGCCCGGGGAGCUGCUGUUUGCCGUGCCGCGGGCCGCGCUCCUGUCGCAGCACACCUGCUCCAUCGGCGGCCUGCUGGAGCAAGAGCGAGGCGCGCUGCAGAGCCAGUCGGGCUGGGUGCCGCUGCUGCUGGCGCUGCUGCACGAGCUGCAGGCCCCGGCCUCGCCCUGGAGCCCUUACUUUGCGAUGUGGCCGGAGCUAGGCCGCUUGGAGCACCCGAUGUUCUGGCCUGAGGAGGAGCGUCGGCGAUUGCUGCAGGGCACGGGCGUACCCGAGGCGGUGGAGAAGGACUUGGCCAACAUCCGCAGCGAAUACUAUUCCAUCGUAUUGCCGUUCAUGGAAGCCCACCCGGAUCUUUUCAGCCCCAGGGUUCGCUCCCUGGAACUCUACCACCAGCUCGUGGCUCUUGUGAUGGCGUACAGCUUUCAGGAACCACUGGAGGAAGAGGAGGAUGAAAAGGAGCCAAACUCCCCUUUGAUGGUGCCUGCUGCAGACAUACUAAACCACUUAGCCAAUCAUAAUGCCAAUCUAGAAUACUCUCCAAAUUGUCUUCGGAUGGUGGCCACUCAGCCCAUUCCUAAAGGCCAUGAAAUUUUCAACACUUAUGGACAAAUGGCUAAUUGGCAACUCAUUCAUAUGUAUGGUUUUGUUGAACCAUAUCCCGACAACACGGAUGACACAGCUGACAUUCAGAUGGUGACAGUUCGUGAAGCAGCAUUACUGGGAACAAAAGUUGAAGCUGAAAGGCUCCUACUGUAUGAACGCUGGGAUUUCUUAUGCAAACUGGAGAUGGUAGGGGAAGAGGGAGCCUUUGUAAUUGGGCGGGAGGAGGUGCUCACUGAAGAGGAACUGACCACCACACUCAAGGUACUAUGCAUGCCUGCUGAGGAGUUCAGAGAGUUUAAAGACCAGGAUGGAUGGGGAGAUGAUAAAAGGGAAGAGGAGAGCUUGACAGUCACAAAUAUCCCCAGGCUGAAAGCAUCAUGGAGACAGCUGCUUCGGGACAGUGUUUUGUUGACCCUGCAAACCUAUGCCACAGACUUAAAAUCUGAACAAGAUUUACUAAGUAACAAGGAGGUCUACACCAAACUCAGCUCGAGGGAACAGCAGGCCUUGCAGGUUCGCUAUGGUCAGAAGAUGAUCUUACACCAGUUGUUGGAACUGACAAGUUAGCAGGUUCCCUGUUGCCUGAAAGACCAUCCAUAAGAACUUUAUUCUAAGCUCGCAUUCAUUGAUGCUUGAAAAAAAGGAAAAUCUGGGUCUUUUGCUUUUCCUUUAAUAAAUACCAACAGGAAAAGUAACAAAGGUGGUGUGCUAGGGGUAACUGAGAUAAGGGUGACCUGUUUAAGGACUGGGUACAGCAGACUUGCAGAUUGCUGUUACUAAGAUCAGUGGAUUUUAUAGCUGUUUUGUUCUCAGUCUGAACCAAAGGUUAGAAGAAAUGUGAUAGUAAUAGGUUCCUGUUGUAGUCUAGCAUUUAAUAACAACAUGGACUUUGAAGGUAGACCUGGGUCUGUUUUGAGCAAGCAUCCCCCCCACUCCAAGACUUCAUUUUCUGUUAGAGGGUAUGAUAUGGCACUGGCACUCAACAACUACUGUACUUCCUCAGGAGUCUGAAGUUUCCUCUACAUGGCACAGCCCACCGGUAAGGGAAGAAACCCUAAGCCACCAAUGACAUUCAAGCCCCAUUAAGAUUUCUGCUGUUGAGUCUUGAACUUUUUGUCCUCUGUGGCCAUAAAACUUGAGUUAUUAAGGUAUAUUUUAUUUUAAAUAGUGUAAAUUUUAAAAACUUUUUAAAACAAGUAGGUAUAUGUGAUAUAUUAUCAAAACUCCAUGGGGACAAAGGGUAUGAAAAAUGUUUUGUAAUUAUUUAACCAUAGAAACCUGAUCCAAUGAUUUUUCUACUGCUGAAACACUACAAAAUUCACUUCCUUGCUUGUUUAAAGAUGCCAGGUUCAUGUAAGUGAUCUACCAUGCAGCAAGAAGUGACGUUUCCCUUUGGCAACAGGCUCUGCGAGGCUGGGUUGUCCACUUUCCUCACCAUCAGCACUGGCUGCUGCUACUACUGAGAAAGGCACAGUGGAGUCAUGUGUGUGUCAUGACUUUAAUGUUUUGACUACAGUAUGCAUACACAUACAAGUAAUGGGAGCUAGAGCCCAGGAACUAGAAAGGCUACAAAAUACAACACGUGGACCAAUACAUUUACAAAACAUUCAAAAUGCUUACAAAAGGGGCUGUAUUGGUCCUUUUGACUUUGUUGUUGUUCAACAUAGCCUAUAUAGGGCUAUUUACUGGGAUAAGGGGGAAGGGCAAUUCAUACACUAUUAGUUCCCUUUCCCACAAUUUACAAGGAUCAGAAGAAAGAAAGGGGCACUUUUAGGCCUGGUCCGGUUUUACGUUAUAAAAAGAGCUGACUGCAUCUUGCAGGGCCUAAGGGGGCAGGUUCUCCAGUAGAAAUGAGAAAAUGAUGCUCUCCCAGCAGUCGGCUUUAGAUUUGGGGAAGAGGCAAAACAAAAACCCAUGGGAUCUCAAUUGUGAGCUCUUCCCAUGUCCCCUAAGCAUACCAAAUAGUAGCACAUACACAUUUUUAACAACUUUGUGAUUUUCAAGGUCCCCUGUCCACAUUAAAAAAAUAAGUUACACAAUA